AAGUGGGUGUUACAAACGCACGUAAUAGGCUUCCUCAUAGUGGCAGUCACGCGCGAGCCACCGCGCAAGCCGGUCGCAUGUUAAACGCCAUUUUAUUUUUCGGACACUCAAGAUGCCAAGAAACAGACAAAGAAAAACCUAUCGCGGUACGAAAGUUUUAUUUUUAUAUGAACAAGCCUAUGAGGAGGUCUCUAAAGGCCGCUCCAUUCGUGCUGCCGCAAGGAUGUUUGACCUGUGCCACGUCUCCUUAACAAGGUAUAAACAAAAAAAAGAAAAUGCCUCAGAGGGCCAAAUAGUAACGAUGGGUUAUAAUCCGGCCAGUAAAAUUUUCACAAAAGAUCAAGAAGACUUGAUAUGUGAUUAUUUGAUUAGAACAGCGGACAUUUAUUUCGGCCUCUCCCCUAAAGAAGUACGGCGAUUAGCUUUUGAUCUAGCAAAACAUUUCCAUCUUUCUAGACCAAAAUCAUGGGACUAUAAGGAGCUUGCUAGCGAAGAUUGGUUUUCUGGAUUUAUGAAACGUCACCCGGAAUUGUCUAUUCGAUGUGCUCAAGCUACCAGUCUUUCACGAGCUACGAGUUUUAAUCGAAAUAAUGUCGAACCAUUUUUUAACCACCUGGCCACGGUGUUAGAUCGUUAUAAAUUUGAACCCCAAGACAUUUAUAACAUGGAUGAGACUGGGGUUACAACAGUCCAUAAGCCGGAUCGUAUAGUGACUAGAAAGGGUAUGCGACAGGUCGGUGCGCUGACGUCGGGUGAGCGUGGUACCUUAGUGACCAUUACUGUUGCAGUAAACGCUAUAGGAAACGCUAUCCCAGUAAUGUUUGUGUUUCCAAGGGUCAACUAUAAACCUCAUUUUGUACGCGAUGGACCCAUAGGAUGUAUCGGGGCAGGAAACAAAUCAGGUUGGAUGGAAGAAAGAGAAUUCCUACUGUUCUUGAAACAUUUCGUGAUCUAUUCUAAUGCAUCAUUGAACCACAAAGUGUUACUAGCGUUAGACAAUCAUCCUUCCCACAUUACUAUCGCAGCUUUAGAUUACUGCAAGAGCAAUGGCAUUGUUAUGCUAUCAUUUCCCCCACACUGUACGCACAAGUUGCAACCGGUUGGCAGGUCAGUCAAUGGACCAUUGAAAAAAGCUAUUAACAGUGCAUGUACUGCUUGGAUGCGUAGUCACCCCGGCAGACCUAUGACCAUACAUGAUAUACCGUAUAUAGUCAACAUUGCUUACCCAAUUGCUUUAACACCAAAAAAUAUUCAAGGAGGGUUUAGAGUAACAGGAAUCUACCCGUACAAUAGAGACAUAUUUGAUGAAAUGGACUAUAAUCCCUCCUUUGUCACAGAUCGACCAGACCCAGUAUUAACAAAACCAGUAGAACCCACAAACGAAUUUUGCACAGUCGCUCCACCGGCCCUUUCACCGUCUCCUAGUGACCCACUUGGUUGUAAUUGGCCUGCCGAAAUAUCUGAACCAACGCAUGGGGAGCGUGUUAACCAUUUGACCGCCAACCUAGUUGACUCAUCUUACAUUGAACCUCAAGCUUCUACCUCGCAUGCUGAAAUCCUUUCAUUGGAUAUACUUACCAACCAGACCACUGGCAAUGCUUUUGCAUCAAUCACUCAAACUACAAAAUCAAGAAAAACUGAAACCAGUACUAACACUCUGGGGUAUUUGGCAUCUUCAAAUGAUCCUCUUGCUUUUGAUAAGCCCGUUGAAUCUCUUUUUUCUGAAACUCCUAUGAUCUUAAUGAACACAUGUCAUAACUCACCUAAUGAGACUCUAGUCACUAAUCAUUUGCUAGAAAGUGAAGUCACUCAGUCAAAGAAAGCAAAACAGAUGGUACUUUCAGGAGCAGUAGACUAUCAAGCUAGACCGAGCACUCCGGUUAUGGGUACAUCUUAUUCCAUGGAAUGUUUGCCUUCUUCUUCACGUGCUGUACAUUUUUCUCCUGAUGUCGUUCGACCGUUGCCAGAGGCACCACCGAGAAAGAACAGUACCCGUGGAAGAAAGAAAGGAAAAAGUGCAAUUUACACAGACACUCCAGAAAAAGAAGCCAUCCGAAAAGCACACGAAGAAAAACUACGGAAAAAGAAUGCUGAAGGUGUAAAAAAAUCAUUAAAUAAAACUAAAAACACAAAAGGCAAAAAGAUAAAUAAACAAAAUCUUAAAGAAAAAGGAACAGACAGUGAAAGCGACGAAGAAAAAUAUUUUUGUAUAGUUUGUAUGGAGGCUUAUUCCAAUAGCAAGAGCAACGAAAUUUGGAUACAAUGCUCUGAAUGUCACGAAUGGGCUCACGAAGAUUGUACUCCACAGAUAGGUUUUAGUUAUACGUGCCAUAACUGUGAGUCUAAUGAUUCAGACUAAACUAAUAUAGUAAGACUAACAUAGACUGAUUACUCAUCUACUUCUGUUUGUUGUUUGACCGUCAAAGAGUUAUAUAAUGGUGUACAUUACAUUAAUACCAUCCUAUAACUUUUUGAAUUAUUAAUAUGAAGGAUUUGAUAAGGAUAAAAUUAGGUAUAGAUAUCGAUAGCUGUGAUUUUAAUUAUUUUUCCUACAAAUGAAACUAUAUGAAGACUGAGAAUGACUGAUUAUUUAAUUUUGUUAUUAUUAGUAGACAUUUGUUGAUUAUUGUGUGAAAUGACAAGUUAUAAUAUUUUUUCAAUAUCAUAUUUUUGUUCAAAUACUAUACUGGAAUCGGGAUUACUUGUCGCUAGCGGUCAUUGACUCCCUGUCAAAAACUUGUCGUUUUCCAUAUAAAACUGCGAUUGACAAUAUCUGACACUUCAUUGUCAAUCGCGGUUUGUAUGGAAAAGGACACGUUUUUGACAGAAAGUCCAUGACCGCUAGCGACUAGUAAUCCCGAUUUCAGUAUAGUUAUUAUGAUUAGGUACAAAAUUAUUGGAGAUAAUGUUUUAAAGUAAUUGAAUAACAUAAUGUUUAAUUUUAAGAUUUUUUUCUCUCUGGCGCUCGUUUUACUGUUUACGAUGUUGGUGGCAAUAGUAACACGGGGGCAGUUUUAACAAACGAUAUUUCAUACAAAAUGAAAAAUUAACUUUGAAUCCCAAAACUUACAUCUAAGUUUAUAAUAAUUAGCAUAGUUGUAAUAGUUUUGAAUCAGUAUGGAACUGUUUAAUUUUGAGCCCGAAAUAAGGCUUAGUUAAAAAUUUAGCAUAGCUUGCUAUUUUAUGUUGUUGUUUGAUGUAAUUUUAAAUAUUGUUGUUAAUUCUUAUCUAGGCUAAUUAAGGCUGAAAUAAGAAACCGAUUGAUAAAUAAAUAUUUUCCA